UAAAUACAGCCUGUUGCCCAAGUAGCCCUGUAAUGGUAGAGUAUUGGUGUGUUGUUUCCGCCUCUGCCUCAGGGGGCGCUCUAACGUCUCGUCCGUGUUUAAGAGACGUCAACAAACAAGUAGAAGAACAUCGAUUGUGGCGCUUUAGAGAUUCUAAAUGGCGGCGUCUUCAUCCUCCUCAUCAGCAGGGGGGGUCAGUAGCAGUUCAGUAACCGGAUCUGGCUUCAGUGCCUCUGAGCUGAUCCCGCCCAGGAAAGUUCUGUACACCUACCCAAAGGGAGCUGGCGAGAUGAUGGAGGAUGGAUCCGAUAGAUUUUUAUGCGAGUCUGUGUUCAGCUAUCAAGUUGCAUCCACGCUGAAGCAGGUUAAACAUGAUCAGCAGGUUUCUCGUAUGGAGCGUUUAGCUGGGCUGGUGGAGCAGUUGGACGCAGAUGAGUGGAAAUAUAAACCCAUCGAGCAGCUCCUGGGAUUCACAACCUCAUAACAUCUACAUUCAGACACACUCCUUUUUCUUUUGUUUUUGUCUUCAACUGAUGUUAGAGGUCCAUGUAGACUGUAGAUAUCAUGUCUUGCACUAGUGUAUGUAAAAAAGAAAAGUUUUUUUCGAUCAUGUGUUUGGUUAAAUGUUUGUUUAAAUGUAAUUACUUUGUACAAUAAAAGUUUUUUAAUCAUCAUAAAAUCACAA